AUGGCUACGGAGACCAUCCCCCCAGCGGUGGGCGGAUCGCCAACGCCGGAAGACAGGAGAUCCCGUCACGAGGACGUACCUCUAAAGCGAAAGGCAUCGCUUGCUGACGACGACGGUGACUCGUCCUUCACCAAACGCCAGCGACAGGACGACGACGGCUCCCCGCCGCGCCGCAGACCACCUGUCCAGGAAACAGCCCAUGAAAGAAGGGCAUCCGCGACGCAGGAGGAAAAGAAGCGGGGGAAACGGCUGUUCGGGGGUCUCCUGAGCACGCUCAGCCAGACAAGCACGAACUCGCAGCACAAACGACGACAGGAGAUCGAACGGAAACAGCAGGAACGCAUACAGAAGCAGAGAGAUGAGGAGGACAAGAAACGGGCAGACAAGGUGGCGAGGAUAAAGGAGACGAGGAUCGUGCAACAGAUUGACUUUGAGGAGCAGGUGAUGCGGAACAAACACUCCAAGCUGUUAGCCCUGGCGGAAUUCUUAAAGACAAAGUCACAGCCUUCUAUUUAUUACUUGCCGUGGAAAAGAAGCGCGGACCAGGAAGACCUCAUCGACGAUCAGGUUCGGUCCGCAAAGGCCACGAUAGCCAAGGAAGAGGAGGAGUUCAAGACGAAGAAAGAGCGCCAUUUAAGUCGGUACCAGCCGCGCCGAUUAUCGUCAGACGGGGAGAAGGGAGACGCCAUGGGAGGAUUGGCAGCUACAGAUGCGGGCGAGAAGCACGGCGAGGGACGGCGCGAGCAGGAGCUGGUCGGCAGGGACGAAGACAAGUCGGCGCAUCAUGACGAUCCACACGACGAGUCGGGGGACGUGGUGGUGGAGGCCGAUGAGGACACUGUCAUUUACUAG